CCUGCGCGCAUGCGCACUGGGGCCCGGCCGCACCAUGGCCCAGCGGCCCCGGCUCGCCAAGGUGCGUGGGCUGCGCGGCGCGCGGAAGUACGGGGUGGCAGCGGCGAGCCUGCAGGAGCUGCUGCGCAAGGGGGCCAAGCUGCUGCAGCUUCCUGGAACGGGCUGUCGGGCGUGUCUGUAUGAGGACGGGACAGAGGUGACUGACGGCUACUUCCGCCACAUGCCAGAUAACACAGACCUUGUAUUACUAGCCCCAGGGGAGACCUGGCAAGGGUAUGUCAGUGAUGUCAGUCACUUCCUAAAUGCAUUUUACAAACGGAAAGAUGACAUUGUUGAGGCUGCCCAGAGACUGCUAUCUGAUAAACAGGCUCCCAUGACACAGAAGCUGCUACUGGAUCUCAUUCAUAACUUAAGUGAAAAUAUUGUGGCAGAAGAUAGAGAGGAAGAUGAAAAGUGGUUUGAUGGUAUAGAGCCUCGGUUUAGGAAUAAAUCAAGUUACAUGAGGUACAGUUGUGAAAGCCGCAUACGAAGUUACAUGAAAGAGGUUAGCAGUUAUAUUUCAGCUGUUGAUCCAACAGCACAAGCCAAAUAUAAAAGCAUCAGUGACCUUAUGUUGGACAAACUGAGAUCUGUGAAAUAUAAUGGAUGUUACUUUGACAGAAGAGAAGAGGCGGCAGCCCGCAUUUGCACCUCAGAGGGCUGGUUCUCUUGUCAGGGGCCGUUUGAUAUGGAUGCCUGCCUGUGUAAACAUUCACUCAACCCCUACAGUAACAGGGAGAGCAGAAUCCUCUUCAGUACGUGGAAUCUUGAUCAUGUAAUAGAGAAGAAACGUACUGUUAUUCCAACUCUGGCAGAAGCUGUCAACAAGCAAGAUGGAAGAGAAGUGAACUGGGAAUACUUCUACCAGUUGCUCUUUACUAUGGAUAAUCUCAAGCUUGUACAUAUUGCUUGCCAUAAGAAAACCAAUCAUAAUCUUGGCUGUGAUAAAACUAAAAUUUACAGGAAAAGGAAACGCAGAUGCAAGGUCUUGAAGUGACAUCCUUGGAAUGUCUCUUUGCUAUUGUUUUAAAAAGCUACACAAAGGAUGUCUGCUUUCCUAACGCACUGUAUGAAGUAAUCAGAUCUCUUCUGCUUGGUCAAAUCCCAUUGCAGUCGAACUUAACAAGAACAGAAAUCAUCCUAUUUUCCAUACCAUUGGUGCUGGCUGCCACUCAUCUGUACAAAGCAACACCUAUAAUUUCUAGUAUGUUCACAUGCAAGUGGAAAAAGGUACCUGAUGCCAAGUGUUGUGGCUUUGGAGGUUCUCCGUUUGGCCAGAAGCACCACACGGAGGCAGCUAAAACUCCAAAAACCUGUACUGGAUUUUUUUUACUUCUACUGUUGCUUCUAUUUUAAACCAAAAAGGGGGUCUUCUAAAAAGAAAAAUCCAUCCUUCUUGCUGAUUCCUAAUCCUGAACUGUUUGGUAAGUGGUGAAUAAGGGGAAGGUUUUACUGACCUCAAUACUGGUAAAGUUACUUGUGAUUUUCAGAAGGGACUGACAAAUUUAGGUUCACCAGUCCCAUUAGCGAGACAUAACCUGUCCUCAAACAUCUAGGCAUUUUUGAAAAUCUCCCUUUAUACUGACCACAAGCUGCCAGAUGGUUCAAGACUAUUACACUCUGGAUAGAUUUGAAUAAGCAAGAGGCAAAAGGUUUAGCAUCUCAUUCAUCAAGUGAGCCUCAACCUCUUUACUAUUGUAAGUUCAGGUCCACAAAUCAAGCUGCAGAAAAACCAAGUUGUUUCUGCAAAUAACUACUAGCUAGCCAAACCAAAUCCUGCUUUAAGUCUUAAGCAUGCAAAGAAGUUAGUUUGUACCUUAUGUUCUUUAGAUGUUCAGCAACCCUGCAACUCAGAUUUACAAAAGCUGAAUUAUUGGCAAAGCCAGUAACCAUCCUUUGUUCUAGCCUCUGCUCUAACUACUUCCAAACUAUUUGUACUGACAUUGGUUUGUGCACAUAAAUUCUGUAGAGCCUAGUAAGGCUAUGGCAGAGCUGCUGCUCCAACAACAGUGCUCUGUUCCUCCCCCCCCCUUACAUUCAUCUUGAAGCUUGCUUGCCUUUUAUUUCUGUGGGGAGAACAGUCCUGCCUAGGUAGGAUAUUAAAGAAAAAGCAGGUUUAUGUUGGUUCUCUCUGAGACUGUUCAUUCAGCAAUGCUGUUCCUACCUCCAUGAUUUUGGAACAAGAUGUCAAUGAGCCACUUUAUAAAAGACUUGGUCAGGCAAAUCCUCAGGUACUAGCUGGAUGAGAAACUUCAGUGCAUCUUUGUAUUUUUUUUUAAGUAAUAAAGAACUAUUGCCAUCUCUCA